CUCAUCAUUUAGCUCGUGUUUUAAAAUCACACACUCAAAAAAAAAGUGGUCUCUUCAACUUCGCUUUCUGCGAUCCUUCUUCACUUCCCAUACUAGUAUUUAAAUUGCUUCGACUAACUCAAACUCUUCAUCAAUCUCUCUUGUUUUUUUUUUUUUAAAAAAACAAACUUUAUUUUUUUAAAGACAACUCAAAAGGUCUCUCCUUUUUUUUUUUUUUUAAGAGUCAUGUCUCAACCAUGGAAAAUACCAAAAUCGAGCCGUAUCUUAAGAUUCAUAUCGGAGUUUCAGAAUUCUACGAAACGCGGCGGGUCUUUGUUCGUCGAAACUGGCUUCCCAGCUUCUUUGAUCGAUCUCUUCUUCAAAAACCGCGAUCGUUUCAAGAAACCAACGCCUAAUCGCUUCCAACGAAUCGAACGCCAGAUUCAAACCGCUCCAAACGCUUCUUCGUUGAUUAAUCAUCAAGAUACAAUUUUGGCAAACCCCCCGAAGAGGGAAGCUAUUAGGAGUAAGAUCGAGAAAUCUAAUUGCGUUAAUGGUAAACUAGCGGCAGAGAAUAAGAACGCGAUUAAAAAUAGUGGUUGCGUUUGCGGUGGAGGCAGUGCGUUCGUUUUGAUGGCGUUUAAAGUUUUAAUAGUGGCGUUGCUCGCCUUGAGCACGAAGAAGAAGCUCACUAUCGGAAUCACUCUCUCCACCUUCGCUCUUCUCUUAACGGAGCUCGUAGCGGCAAGUGUGUUCACUCGCUCCAAGCUCUGUAAAACCGACGGAAACAAAAACGCGAUUUCCCGCGUAAAAAUCGAAACUUUAGAUGAAACUCAAGUUCCCAAAUCGGUUCCUUGUCUGAAAGAAACAGAGCAGCCAGUAAAAGCUGAAACAGAGGAUUCAAACUCGAAAGAUACAACGAUCCGUGAUCUGUUGUCCAAGGACGAGAAGUCACCAAGUAAAAGUUCAAGACUAAAAUCGAAGAUUGUGAAGAAGCUGAGGAGUUACAAUAUGAAGAAGAAGAAGAAGACGAUGAAGAUCAAAGAAGAGUCUUCUUUGGUUGAAGUCUCGAGUUUGGUUCUAGAAGACAAAACCGAGCUGAGUACUAAGUCUGCUGCUGCUGAGAAAGACGAAGAAAAGUUGAAAGACCAGUCAUUGAGUGGGACUGCUCUGAUCGUGAUUGUGCUGACUAGUCUCUUAUUUGGGAAGAUCUUAGCCAUUGUUCUUACUCUAUCUUGUCUUGUUCUUAGAUUCGGAGUUGCCAAAAAAAUCUAAUCUUUGCAUACAAUUUUUUGUAUUCUUUUGAACAAAAUUAUUGGUAUGUAUAGUAGUUACAUGUUUUGUAUAUGAAACUGUAAAUUUUUCUUGUUUUAAUAAGCUUUCCAAUGAACCAUAAUUUUUAGCAUAA